AAAGACUACAGUACCGGUCCUCUGAAAAUUACGCGUUUUCUCGCGCAUGCGUAUACACACAGUUGAAGACGGACUAGCUUCGUGAAAUUGGUAUAUUUCCUCGCUUUAACCUUUAUCUUAUCAACUGCCUGACUUUAAGUUAGUAAGUCCGUCUGCUGUUGCCAACUAUUCGUUAUUCCACCAUGCUACAGUUCCUGGCUGGCUUUACCUUGGGAAAUGUUGUGGGGAUGUAUCUGGCUCAAAACUAUGAGGUUCCCAACUUAGCCAAGAAAAUCGAAGCCUUUAAGAAAGACGUGGAGGCCAAAAAGAAGCCCCCAGAGUGAGCAAAGCGGGACCAUGUCACAAGCAAGAACAGAUGCCCUCUGAAGAAACUAUUUAUUCUACAGUGUUGUGGGACAAUGAGUGUACAUUUGAUAAACAGACUGAUAUGGUAGAAUAUGUAUGAGAAUAUCAA